GAGCGAUUUAAUUUCCAUUCAUUCAAUCAGUCUGGACGCGGCCACCCAAGGAGGAGGGUUUGUCGUUUACAAUUCUACCAAAACGGGUUUCGGUGUGAUUAGUGUUUUGUUUUGUUGUGCAUGAUGGCUUACAACGGUAGUGGUGAAAAAAGACUACGUGCAGGUAGCGACCUGGAUGUUGAAAGGAGCAACGGCAACAACUACAUGGCCGGCGAGCCAUGCCGCAAACGAAAGCUGCCGGCGCGGCCGAACCACAUACUGCUCUACACCAUCAUCAAUCCGGCAUAUCCCAUCACUGUGGACGUAAUACACACAAUAAGCACCCCGCACGGACAAGUGCAAAGGAUCGUCGUCUUCAAGAAGAAUGGCGUGCAGGCGAUGGUUGAGUUUGAAAGCGUGGAAUCAGCGACGAGAGCAAAAGAAGCACUACACGGCUGCGACAUAUACUCGGGAUGCUGCACACUCAAAAUUGAAUUCGCUAAGCCCGAAAAAUUGAAUGUCUUCAAAAACGACCAGGAGAGCUGGGACUACACAUUAUCCGAGGACUUGCAGCCGGUACAGAGGAGCGCCCCGCUUCUGCAGUCACCGCAGUACACAGGUGGACGACCCCAGCCUUACAAUCCAAACUCGACACCAUCCCAGGCUACCACCAGAUGCUGCAGUGAAGAUUCGUGCAGUCAACACAGCCAGCACUCGUGCGAACAAACCCACAAUGAUAUGGACUAUGGAAGCGGUGGGCCUCCACCUCCGGGGAUGAUGAAGGAACGACAUGGGCCGCCGCCGCCACAUCACCCUCGUGACGGUCGCGGUUACGGGCCCGAAGGCUACGGCGGCGAGGGUUUCGUUCCGCCACCCCCGAUGCAUCACCCGUCGAUGGCACCACAAAACCAGGGCGGACCGCCACAGCAGGGAGCGGUCAUGAUGGUGUACGGACUUGAUCCUCAGACUGCGAACUCGGAUAGACUUUUCAAUCUGUGCUGCCUGUAUGGUAAUGUUGUGCGGAUAAAAUUCUUGAAAACAAAGGAAGGUACAGCCAUGGUUCAAAUGGGCGAUGGUGUUUCGGUCGAACGUUGCGUCCAGAACCUGAACAAUGUCACCGUCGGAGAUUACACUUUGACUUUGGCUUUCUCAAAACAAGCGUACCUGUCAGAAGUGAUGAACCCGUAUCCGCUUCCCGACAAGAGUCCUUCGUUCAAAGAUUACGUGGGUAACAAGAAUAAUCGCUUCUUAACGCCGGCCUCUAUACACAAGAACAGAAUACAACCACCCUCUAAGGUGUUGCAUUUCUUCAACACGCCCCCAGACGUGUCUGACGAACAGCUGCUGCAAGUGUUCAAGGACUACGGAGUGACGCCGCCCCAUACUAUCUCCAAAUUUCCGCUCAAAAGUGAGAGAUCAUCAUCAGGACUGAUGGAGUUUCAGAACAUUUCGCAGUCUGUCAUGGCGAUCAUGGCGUGUAAUCAUGCGACCAUACAGCACCCUGGUGCGAAAUUCCCGUUCGUCAUGAAACUGUGUUUCUCCUCGUCCCGACAAAUCGGACAAGGCAAGGGUCUGAAGCCUGAUCAGAAUCAGAACCAGAAUCAGCGGCAAGCCCAGAACAAUGGAAUGGUCGAGCACGAAUACUAGUAAGAGAACGUUCGUUUUAUUUUUAAAUGUUUUUUUUUUGUUAUUUUCUUCUGUAAAGUAAAAUGUAAUGAAGUUAACUGACAGAACGGUAGAGAAGGAGAUUAAUGUUUGGUUGAAUGCAAAAGAUAUAGACUCGUUGAUAGUAAAAUAAGAGGUCAAAGAGAGAAAGUAAGAGAGAGAGAGAGAGUACGUAACAAAGUGAAGUGUAGCGUGUGGCGGUUAUAAAAGUGGUAUUCCUUAAAUACUCACAAGUAGCUUGCGUUUGAAUUUAUAUAAAUUAAUAAUACGACCAACACGCUCUAUAUAGGGUGAAUCACGAAAGAUUUAUGAAAUUUCUCAGGUGCACUUACAAAAUGAUCAACUCUAUAACGACUGCUGUUGCUAGUAGUAGGGUAGUCUAAACUUUCCGCUACCAGAUAUAUUUAUGUACGGAAUUAUUCUGCAGCUGUGAGAAUUAACGCAUCACAUUGCUUCACCGUAACACUCUGUGAUUGAUGAAGUAUCCAUUCCGUUUGCAAGUUCCUUCUGCACCGUUCUGUCUGAUCUCGAUGUGGUUUAUAAAUAAAAGACAUGUAUAUUAAACUCGUAUGGGAUGUCGGACCAAUGUCGGUAUUGACAAGUUUUAUAUCGAGUCGACGGAGUGUGUUUUUCGAAACAGAACUGCGCGUAUCCCGAAAAGCGUCUAAUCUCAAAGGUCAAAAGUACAAUUUCGCUUGAACAUAAAACAGUGUGUAAUUUUUUUUUUAAAUUGUUCAAGGGAUUUGUUUCAUGACGUGUUCUAUAAUAUUGUAAUGACACGACAUAUUAUUGUAAAUGGUUUAUUGGUCACACCAAACGCGCAGUCUGUUAGGAGAAUAACGUCCACGGUCGACAUAUUGGCAGUGUUGCUAGUAAAAAACGCAGUGCUGUUUAUUUUAUAUAGUUAAGCCAAAGAUGUAAUGUUACCUGCUUAAUGAAUGUUAUCAUUAUAUGGAAUAAAAUAUAUAUAUACAUAAUAAUAUAUAUUUGUAGAUAUGAAUAUAGUUGUCCGUUGAUA